AUGGAGGACGCAACUGGCGCUCCAGUAGCCCCGGCACCGGGUGAAAUGUUCAAAUUCGUCCUACAAAAACAUGCUUCUGCCUCAGAGACCGCGGCGAGAAUUGGUCAACUCGCCUUGCACUCAAGACCAUCUAUCAAUACACCAAAUUACAUAGUUCCGACCUCUCGAGGCGUGAUCCCUCACCUGUCGCAGGACAAUCUGCAGAAACACACGAGGAUAUCAGCGGUCUAUGUACCACUGGAAGACUUCAUCGAAAAGUCGCAUACAGAUGCGCCCAUAUACACUACUCCCGUCCAAGAUGGUAACUCACCUCUACGGCGGUAUAUCGGUCUACCGGAUCAGUGCUUGUCCGUCCUAGGUCCCAGAAGGGUUCCCAACAUAAUACCCCCAGCCCACAACACGAAUUCUUCGUUGGCGAUUUCGACCUCCGUUGGAUUUAGAUUCCUCGAGCUGGAACAGUAUAACGAGGCCGUGAAGGCUCUGAAGGCGGAUGUCGCGGCCAGUAUGGCGGACUUGAUCGCCAAGGAGGAUGCCAGUCAGAAGAGGAUCGCAAGAAGCAUUGACAGAACGCAUGCGUGGCUCCGAGACAGCAUUCAAAACAGGGAGGAAGACUCGACACCAUUCUUGGCCUCCAUCCCACCUCUAGAACUCCAGCUGUUGUCACUAUAUCUCGCCGACAUACGAGAUGAAUACAGACGCCACAUAUCAGGCCUGUGCAUAUACUCGCCAAUGACCAUGGCAGGCUUGCCGGACGACUUGAGGCGACUUCCGACGAUAUGCCUAAGCGAUCCUGCAAGUCCACAAGCCUUACUGUCCGCAAUCCACGCAGGCAUAGACCUGAUAACUGUGCCAUUCGUCACACAAUCAUCAGAGCACGGGAUCGCCUUAUCAUUUUCAUUCCCAGGCCCCACGGAAGGACCCAAUGCUCCUUUAGGCACUGAUCUGUGGUCCCCAGUCCACGCCACCGACCUUUCACCCCUCAGUCCCAACUGCAAAUGCUACUCCUGCACACGCCACCAUCGAGCCUAUGUGCAUCAUCUCCUACAAGCCAACGAAAUGCUCGCUUGGACUCUCCUCCAAAUCCACAACUACACCAUAAUAGACUCGUUCUUCGAGGACAUACGGCAGAGUAUCCAACAAGGCACAUUCGACACCGAUGUCGAGACUUUUAACCGCGCUUUCGAACCCGAAAUACCCAAACAAACAGGUCAAGGACCACGAGUGAGGGGCUACCAAAUGAAAAGCGUAGGAGGAGGCGAAUCACGCAAGAACCCCAAAGCAUACGGGAAACUAGACGAUCAAGUGCAGAAGCUCGCCGAAGCAGAGUCCGGCGUCGCCACACCAGACGGCGAUGCAAAUGACAUUGCAGAGCAUGGUCUGGCCUCCAAGAUCUCGUAG